AUGCUCGAUCGCCCGCCGUGCGUUGGCUUUGGAACAUACCUUGUGGAGGACCCAGAGGCCAUCAGAAGUGCAGUGAAGCUGGGAUACAGACACUUCGAUUGUGCCUACAGAUAUGGGAAUGAACGCAUGAUCGGGGAAGUUUUCAAAGAAAUCUUCAACGAUGACUCUUAUGGCGUGAAGCGCGAGGAUCUUUGGAUUGUCUCUAAACUGUGGCCCAACUUUCACGAGCCAGAGAAGGUUGCUUAUCAGAUCUCUGAGACCCUUAGGGAUCUUCAGCUGGAGUACCUGGAUGUCUUUCUCAUGCACUGGCCUCUUGCUAUUAAGCACCUGGCUGACAGAGAUUAUGCUUCUUCAGAUGGAAAGGGAGGGACUCUUCUAGGGACUACGCCAAUUCGCAAAACAUGGGAGGCAAUGGAGGCUUGCGUGGACAAGAAGCAAACGCGCUUUAUCGGAGUCUCAAAUAUGGGCACGGCUAUGUUGGUGGACUUGCUCUCAUACUGCAGAAUUAAGCCCUUCACCAACCAGUUUGAGUCUCAGCCGUACUUUCCCAACGAUAGGUUAAUCGAGUUCUGCAACAGCAACGGAAUAUAUGUGACUGCAUACAGGCCUCUGGGUGGGCGCUGCAGGGUUGAUGCAAAAGCUCCUCUAACCGAUCCGGCUCUUGAGGAAUUAGCAAAGAAGGCCAAUCUGACGGUCAGUGAGCUUAUUUUGGCAUGGCACUGGACACGCUGGGGUACGAGUGGAACGUAUUCUGUCAUCCCGAAGUCUAGUGAUCGAGAGAGACAAAAGCAGAACCUAGAGUCUGUUAAGCUAAGGUUGACACCUGACCAGAUGGACGCUUUUGCUAGACUUGGGUGUGUUCAUCAGCGUACAUGCUUUACGUCAUUUGCCUCAGUUCCUCUUUUUGAUUGA